AUGGGGACCCUCGGGCGCGCGAUCUACACGGUGGGCAAGUGGAUCCGUGGAACGGGGCAGGCCAUGGACCGCCUCGGAUCCACCAUCCAGGGCGGCCUCCGCGCCGAGGAGCAGGUGUCAAGGCAUCGUACAGUCAUGAGCAUAUUUGACAAGGAGCCAAGGAUCAACAAAGAUGUUUUUGUUGCUCCCAGUGCAUCUGUCAUUGGUGAUGUUGAGAUUGGACAUGGAUCAUCGAUCUGGUAUGGCUCCGUUUUGAGAGGUGAUGUCAACAGUAUUCGUAUUGGAUCUGGAUCAAAUAUACAAGACAACUCCCUUGUACAUGUUGCAAAGACUAAUAUUAGCGGGAAGGUCCUUCCGACAAUCAUUGGAAGCAACGUUACAGUAGGUCAUAGUGCUGUUUUACAUGCAUGCACCAUUGAGGAUGAAGCAUUUGUUGGUAUGGGUGCCACUUUGCUUGACGGAGUGGUUGUUGAAAAGCACAGCAUGGUUGGCGCCGGAUCUCUUGUCAAGCAGAAUACAAGGAUUCCUUCUGGGGAGGUCUGGGUUGGUAAUCCUGCCAAGUUCCUAAGGAAGCUGACAGAGGAGGAGAUCACAUUCAUCGCCCAAUCGGCAGCCAACUACAUCAACUUAGCUCAUGUUCAUGCCACUGAGAAUUCCAAGAGCUUCGACGAGAUUGAGCUCGAGAAGAAGCUGAGGAAGAAGUUUGCUCACAAAGAUGAGGAGUACGACUCGAUGCUCGGAGUGGUCCGUGAGAUCCCGCCGCAGCUCAUCCUCCCCGACAACAUACUCCCAGACAAAGCACCGAAAGCAGCUGUCGCUCACUGA